UGGGAAAAUAGUGCACGAGGCUUAAUUUUCGUAUUUUUCCCCUUAAGCAAAAGGUGUCCUCGGUGCGGCGCGGGUCUCACAUGGCGGUGUUUGUUGUUGUGUUGGGAGCCAGGCGGCGGCCCGUAGAAGGAAGCUGCUCCGUCCCUCGUGUAACGAGCCUCUCUUGAAAGUCUUGAUGAAUCUCUGCAGCCACCAUGACUGAGGAACAGCGAUCCAGUGAAAACUCUUCCAGCACAAAGCCUGCAAGUCACACCCUAAAACCAAAUUAUAUGCUAAAGUACACAUUGUCUGGCCACUCCAAAGCUAUCUCAUCAGUCAAGUUCAGCCCAACAGGAGAUUGGUUAGCAAGUUCAUCCGCUGACAAAGUAAUCAAAAUAUGGGGUGCCUACGAUGGAAAAUUUGAAAAAACUCUCUCUGGCCACAAGCUAGGGAUCAGCGACGUGGCGUGGUCACAUGACAGCCGGCUGCUUGUGUCCGCCUCCGAUGAUAAGACGCUCAAGAUUUGGGAACUUGCUUCAGGAAAGUGUGUGAAAACCUUGAAGGGCCACAGCAAUUAUGUGUUCUGCUGCAACUUUAACCCCCAGUCAAACCUCAUUGUUUCAGGCUCUUUUGAUGAGAGUGUACGGAUAUGGGACGUCAAGACCGGCAAGUGUCUAAAAACUCUCCCAGCACACUCAGAUCCAGUCAGUGCCGUCAACUUCAAUCGAGAUGGAACCCUAAUUGUCUCUAGCAGCUAUGACGGCUUAUGUCGAAUUUGGGACACCACCUCUGGCCAGUGUUUGAAGACCCUAAUUGAUGAUGACAACCCACCAGUGUCUUUUGUGAAGUUCUCUCCAAAUGGAAAGUAUAUCCUUGCAGCCACCCUUGACAACACCCUAAAGUUAUGGGACUAUAGCAAAGGAAAGUGCUUGAAAACCUACACUGGCCACAAGAAUGAAAAAUAUUGUAUCUUUGCAAAUUUCUCAGUGACUGGAGGAAAGUGGAUUGUAUCGGGCUCAGAAGACAACUACAUCUAUAUAUGGAACCUACAAACCAAAGAAAUUGUACAGAAACUUGAAGGCCAUUCAGAUGUGGUUUUGUGCACUGCCUGUCACCCAACCCAAAACAUCAUUGCCUCUGGAGCUUUGGAGAACGACAAAACUAUUAAACUUUGGAAGAGUGAUACUUAAAAAGUUAUUGGAGAAAGGUACAAAGAAAAUAUAAGUAGAAAUAGAAAGUGCUGUGUUUGUACAUGUGAAUAUCCUAGAAUGUUUCUCUGUGUGUCUGGUUCACUUCAGCUGUAGUUUUAAUUUUUUUAAUUUGGGAAUAAGGUGGGCAUAUUCACAAUAAACUAUAUCCUUAUCUUAAAAAAAAAAAAUGUUCAUCCAACUCUUCUUCAAUAAAUUCCUCCAUAUAACAAACUUUGGAUAUGCUAAACUUCAUGACUGUAAGGGUGAAGUAUCAACUAUAGCUAAACCUGGUCAGUAGAAGCCUGACACUUACAUUCCAAAAUACACGGCACAUUGGCCUCCACCUACACCUAAAACUCAGGGCUGGAGGUUCUCACUGACUGUCUGGUGAUGUCAUGCACUACAGCAGUCCUCUGCCUCUGUUGAGGAUGUGGUGGUAGUACAUUUAUUAUAAGCUAUCUGGUAAUUGUGCCAAUGUACCAGGAGCAUAUUUUUAUAGCAACAAACUAACUACCGUGCACAUAAUAAAAGAGAUCAUAUGAAUUCGUACUUUAUAAUAAAACAGUUGAUCCUAGUUAGCUCCAUGACAUCAUCAAAGUGAGGUUGAGACAGCCCUUUUCACACCUCUAUUGACAAAUUUCAUAUGACCAUUUCUGAGAUCCACAACACUUAAUAAUAAAGUUGAAUGUCAGUUGAUACAUAGGUCUCUAACAGCACUAUCAUGGGGAUUUUGGCACCACAGUGGCAUGUAAGUCAUUGUGUCCCACUGUGCUGCCCAGUCAUAAAGCCACAGGUAGCUUAGAGUCAACUAUGCAUAUCUUCUCGUAUGUACAUACAUCCCUACACAGAACUGCAGUUGCUGUUGGUAUAGUCUGUGUUGAUGUCAUAGUAUUACGGUACUCAUAAACAAGUGGGAAUGUUUCCAAUACUAACUUGUGAAAUGUGUAGCACAAUGGUUACAAAUGAGACAUGGAUCUGCUGUUAUCAUCUGGGGAUAAAGUACUUUUGUAAAAAGAUCUUACGUAAUGGAAAGAAGUUGAGAUGAAGUCUAGAGAGAUGCAUGCUGUUUAUUGCCUGAGUAUUGACCACACUACUAGUGCAAACUGGACAAAGGUUGCACAGGUCAUACCCAUCAUCACAGCUAGAAACCAUCGUCCUCACGGCAUGGCUGCUCUUUGGUCAGUGACAAGACAGUUAGAUGAAAAUCAUCUAAUAUGAUAAGCAAUGAUUAUUUUAAUUUUACAUUCUACUGAUUAAUAUAUAUUUUUUUCAUCAUGGAGGCCCAUUCACACAAGUACAUUAGGUUUCUUUUAAGGCACUGGUGUUCUGUGCAUGAUGCUACAUUUGGUCAGGACUCAAAAUCAAGGGGUAAUUGAUCCUAUGCAUUAAUUUUUGGCCCACCAGUGUCUCUUCCUGAUAGUCGACCACCAGUUGGCACGAACAAGUUACUCAAGUCCUCUGCUUCCAUGUUGUAACCAAUGAUAAGUGAGGGCAAGCCAUCAUAGUAUGACUCAGACUGGUAUGGUGUUCCCUUGGUUAGGUUGUUGCAUUAAAGAUUUAUUAUAUGAUGUUGACAUAAAGAAAAAGAAGGAAUUGACAAAACUGAUUUUGACAUCCAAGCAAGUCUUCAUUUGGGGGAAUUUUAUACUUUAAGCCUGAUGUUGUACAAAAUGCAAUGAUUGUUGCAGUCAUAUUGUUCUUAAAUUGGCCAUUGUAUCGAAUGACCAAAUUUCAUACAAGUGAAAAGACAGACA